ACAUUUCUUCGAAUGAGCGCCAUUCUCCGAAAAUAAUACUAUAAUAGUAACAAAAAAAAAUGUAAAUUUGAUCUACUGUUGCAAUAUUUAAAUGUUGUAAAAUAUUUUUUAUAAAAAAAUGAGUUGUUAUCGAGAUAUUGUUUUUGGUGCCACUUUAUUGCAAGAUUGUACUAUGUAGAUAAAAUUCAAUGCCUGGUUUUUCUUUGAUAAAAUACGACAAAUAUAAAACUGCAUGAUUAUCAAAUUAUUGUAUCAAGUUUAGUUAUAUCGACUGUAAUAAAGUUCAUUCUCCGAUGUUCAUUUCAAAUAUAUAAUACAAUUCAGCAAGCAAACGACCAAUCUUCUUCACAGUGAAAAUGGACUUGGAGGAUAGUUUCUUGGACGAAGACUCAGAAGCCUCGUACUCCGACGAGGACAGUCUGAAGUCGGAGAACUCACAUGACCUGUACGACGAGGACGCCAGCAAGAGAGACUCGAGCAGCGAGGGGCAGGCGGAGAUGGAAGACGAGGACGUCCUGUGGAACCCCAAGGACAUCAAAAUGAAGGAUGUUCCCGACGAUAAGCCCAAUAUCAAGGACAUGAUCAAGAAGUACAUAACAGACCCGAAAAAUGCGGACUGCGUGGUGUCGGUGCGCGGCAAGGAAUUCAGGUGCCACAAGUUGCUGCUGCAGUGCUACUCGGACCACUUCAAGAAUUGCGACAGCAACUACGUGGAGCUCAACUUUCCGUCCCUCACCCCGGACAUGUUCAGCGAGCUGUACUCGUGGAUGUACGGCUCGCCGUUCAGCUACAAGAGGAUUCUCCACCCCAGGACGAUCCUCGACGUGCUGAUCUCAGCCGUGGACCUGGGCGUGCGCGAGUUGGAGGAGCAGUGCUGGGCCGUGUUCAACAGCAAGGACGUGUUCAACGAGGAGACGGCCUACUCCAUGUUCCUGGAGGCGAAGCUCAAGUCGUGCGACAUGGUGGCCGACAUCAUGCUGCCUCGCAUCAGCAAGUUCUUCAAGCACCUCGCCGCCUCCGACGACUUCCUGAAGCUGCCGGCGAGGCACGCGGCCGACCUGCUCGACUCUGCGCACGUCAGCGUGCCGGCGGAGGCGCACGUGCUCGUGGCGGCGCUGCGCUGGCUCGCUCACGACUGGGACGCCCGCAGGCAGCACGCGGCCGCCAUCAUGGGCUGCGUGCGCUUCCAGCGCAUGUCGCCGCUGGAGCUGGUGGUGGUGCGUCGCUCGCGCCGCAGCGCCACGCUGCAGCGCCUCAUGGAGCUGCCCGAGGUGCAGGCCAUGGUGGAGGAGGGCCUGCAGUACGCGGUGCUGCAGAUGGCGCGCGGCGCGCCGGCCCUGCCCCCGGGACAGCUGGCCGACCUGCUGGACCAGCUGGGGCUGCAGCGGCCCAAGCCGCGCCACUACUCCAGCCCCGCCGGAGACCACGACAGCGUGAGCGAGCUGCUCGAGGACCUGGUGCAGCUCGGCUCCUCCGCCCCGUCCUCGCUGACCGCCCUCUCCUGCAGCACGGUCCUGCGUCGCUGACGUCACUCACGUCCGCGCGUCGUCCUCACAUGUCCUGUCCUGCUGCCGAUUGUCAAUAAAAUAAUUGUUAAAACUAA